AACCGAUGUUUUUUAGUACAUUCUCAUGAGUGCAUCCAUGACUGUUCAUUGUCUGCCGGCUCUGGCUACGAAAAGGCGAAUCGAUCCAGAAUAGCAGACCAUAGCCAUCCAAGUAUCCAAGCAACAUCCAAAUACGUUUUGUCUCAGCUCUCAGAAAACAUUUGAAACAAUUGAAAAAGAAGAAAAGUUUUGUGCUGUAGCAGAAUUUAUUCAGGAUUCCGUGAGAGUCACGUCGAACAGGACGUGCUUCUGAUUAUAACGACUCGUGUCGUAAUGCGGUUUUCAUGCUAAAAAACUGGUAGUGUGGACCUCGUGUGCGUAUCAACAAGUGGGUUUGUCCCCAGAGGACUUAAUUUUUCUGUUGUCAAACUUAAAAAAAGGCAUUUCAAACAAUGCCAAAAGACAGAUUAGCUGAACUGCAUGAAAAAAAUGGAGGACAUCAAUGUGAUGAAGAAGACACUUUGUUGGAAGUUCGGGCACAUCCAUCUAAGUUUUAUCAAAGAACAAAAGUUCUUGAGGUGUCAUUAUGUAAAAUUCAAGAACAAAUAAAUCAACAAAAAAUCCUACAAGAAAAUAUUCUUGCCUCUCCGACAAGUCAAAGUUCAAAGGAGAACAUGGAUAGGUUAUCAAAGUCAAUCACAACAAAUAUGACACAGACAGGAAAAGACCUAAAAGAUUUGAGAUUGACUGCCACCAAGGAUUUCCACAAUCGGAAAAUUACCGAUACAGAAUUUCGUAUGGUUAACAAUUUGCAAUCAUCUCUUACCAUUAGAUUUCAGGCAUUAUGGGACGAGUUAUGUUGUAUCCGUAAUACAUACGAAAGUAAAUGCAAAAGACGGAUUCAACGCCAGUUAGAGAUCGCUGGCUACGAAAUGGGCGAUGACGAAGUUGAGACUGCGCUGACUACUGGAUUAUCGGUCUUCUCAAAAGAGUUCGGGGAAUGUGAAGCUGCAAAAUUGGCUCUCCGCGAUCUUGAAGACAGACGCCAAGAAUUGCUUGGUUUGGAGAAGAAUAUACAAGAAAUGCAUGAUUUGUUUGUCGAACUCAACCUUUUAGUAGAGUGCCAGGGUGAAGUGGUUAACAGCAUAGAAAAGAAUGUCAGUCAGGCGGCAGGUAAUGUAGAUGGUGGGAAACACUGUUUGCAAGAAGCAAGGCAGAAACAGACUUCGCUCCGCAAGAAAAAGAUCGUUUGCGCUGUCGUUGUUGUUGGAGCGUUGGUCCUGGCAGUCGUCAUCACAAUAUCCAUUCUUUUCGGAUAGACACAAGUGUCCCAUUCUUGGUUUGAUUCCUAGACUAAUGUCGAGAUGUUUUCGUGCAUUACAGUUCGCAAAGCUGCAAGUUCAAA